ACACGUCAUGUUGUGGUUACGAUGAUGUUAUAAAAGCGUCUGUAUAACAGACAGUUGCCAGACAGCAUUCCGUGGUUCAGUUCUCUCAGACAAGUCCUUUACUCAUCUCAGACAUCCUGCCUGUGCAGUAGAAAGGGAAAUAAAGGAAAAGAAAAGGUGUCAAAAAUGGAUGGUUUUCUGACAACACAGAUGGGGACACCAGAGAGUGAUGACUACUCGACAACAAUGGAUGACUACUUAGACGCGACAGCAACAGAAGACUACUCAGACUUCAGCCCCUGUGACAUGACAUCUGUUAGGGAGUUUCGUAAAUACUAUGAACCCCCUUUAUAUGCGACUAUUGUCUUCCUGGGAAUAGUGGGCAACUCGUUGGUGAUCUGGAUCUACAUGCACUUCAAGACUCGUGUAAAGACCAUGACAGAUGUGUAUCUGCUUAACCUGGCCAUCGCUGACCUGAUGUUCCUGCUCACUCUGCCUUUCUGGGCUUCUGAUGCACUGAAUGGCUGGACCUUUGGCCCACUGGUGUGCAAGAUCACUUCGGCCUGCUACAAGAUCAACUUCUUUAGCAGCAUGCUGCUGCUCACCUGCAUCAGUGUUGACCGCUACAUAGUCAUCGUCCAGACAACCAAGGCACAGAACUCCAAGAAGAAGAGGCUCCUCUGCAGUAAGCUAGUCUGCUUGAUCGUCUGGCUGCUCGCUGUGUUCCUGGCCGUACCGGAGCUCAUUUUUGCCGGCACAAAGCACUCGAAUGGGGAGGAUUCAAACUUGGAGCUUUGCACCUUGGUCUACUGGAACAAGGAGAACAAUCAUCUUAAAAUUAUGGUCCGGGUGCUCCAGAUUUUGAUGGGCUUUUGCUUGCCUCUGGUGGUAAUGUUCUUCUGCUACACUUGCAUCAUCCACACCUUGAUGAAGACGCGGAAUUUCGAGAAGCACAAGGCCCUCCGUGUCAUCUUGGCAGUGGUUGCAGUGUUUGUUCUCUCUCAGCUUCCUUUCAAUGCCAUGCUGAUAGUGGAGGCCACCCAGGCAGCUAAUGUCACAAUCACAGACUGUGAGGUAUCUAAAAGCUUUGACAUCGUAACUCAAAUCAUGAAAGGCCUGGCCUACACACACAGCUGUCUCAACCCCUUCUUGUACGCCUUCAUUGGGGUGCGUUUCCGUAGAGACUUGCUAAAGAUGCUGCGUUACUAUGGGUGCGUGGCACCCAACGGAAAACUCAGCAAACUCUAUGGGACUCCGUUCCGUUCCUCUGUCAUGUCAGAUACAGACACCACCCAGGCUCUUUCACUGUGACACACCUUCCACACAACCAUCUCAGUAGGCAACUGAUUCGUUGCCAACAGUUCGGACUCAGAUGCUCUCAGGCAUGGCAAAGAAAACAGCAUUUACUGACAAUGUAACUUUAUAUGUGCUGAUGAGCGAAAGCUAUUGUUUGAAGGAAGAAUGAAGUGUGUCCAUCCCUAGAGGGUGGCAAGCUGUAUGGGGCACACCAAGUCCUUGGUCAAACCCAGUUAUGGUGGAAGUGGACACAUUACCUGAUGGGUCCAAAUGUACUGAGCCCCCGUUUGGAUGAUUUUUUUUUUAACCUUGUUUCCAUAAGUUCGUAAAGAAAUUAGAUCUUUCUGUAUGAUAGAAUCCAUACAUGUAAAGGCCAUCUUCUCUUCUUUAGCAUCCAGAGCGCAGUAUCACGGGUUGGUGAAGUGGAACCAUUCCAGAAACAAUUGUGCAGACUUAGUAGUAGCACAUUCAAAUAUGGAAAUUCAGUUCUCUUAUUGUUAUGUGUAGACGGACUGUAGCUGCUCUUUUGGAACCGAUCUUAACUGUGCUUAUCUGUGCUGUAUUUCAAACACAGAUGUGAUGCAAACAUUUCUGUUUGUCAAAGCUUGGAGUUGCUCUAUGUUGCUCUGUAAAUGCAUUGCUCACGGCCAUGAUGUAUUUGCUGCUGGUCUUUUGCUUUUAUGUUUUUAUUACAAGAUCUGAAUAAAUUGAACAAUAAUUAAUAA